AUGCUCAUCCAGAAGGCACAGCCCGCCUCCGUCAAACUCAUCCCGUCCGACAACGGGACCCGCUACAAGUGCGUCUACGACGCACCCGGCAAGGACCCUACGCGGCGCUACGUUGUCAAGGUCUCCCGCAAAGGCGUCAUGACUAUCAUCGACCGGUUUGCGACGCUGGAGGACGCCGCGAUCUGCUAUGCGCUCACGCCCGAGGGGCGGGAGGAUGCGGCCAAGCUCGCCAAGGCGGAGGCGCUGCGGCAGGAGCAGGACAUGACGAGCGCCCAGGCCAUAGCGACGGCCGUCGAGGAGAGGCUGGAGCUGCAGACGAACGGCUCGGGCUUUGUGGGCGUCUUCCAAUCGCCACAGGGCUGCAAGCUGCCUUUCAUGACACGGAUCAACCUCGGCUGCUUCGCCACCGAGGAGGAGGCCGCCCUCUGCCGCGCGCGCGAGCUCGCGGCUCAGGCCGUCGCCCCCGCCGCCGCCGCCGACGAGCUGGCCCUCACUUGCCCCAUCUGCAUCGAACCGAUCAAGGCCGACUCUGCCCCGGUCGCCACCGCAUGCCUGCACGUCUUCUGCCGCUGCUGCAUCGAGGACUGGAUCGAGCAGUCGCAGCCCGAGGCAACCUGCCCGAUGUGCCGCGAGCCGCUCAACGGGGCGUCGGGGUCGCUCACGGCCGUGCCGCUGGCGGCCGCCGCGGACGCGAGCACCGCCCCGCGGCGCACCGGCUGGAAUCCCCGCGAGUGGCAGCAGAUGCUCGUGGAGCAGGCCUCCGUCGAGGCCGAGCUCGCCGCGCGCGCCGAGGCCACCGCCCGCUCCGACGAGCAGCAGGCGGCGUUCGUAUACCACAGCGGCGUCCCCAGGCCCGUCGACCUGGCACGGGCCGGGUACCGUCCGCUCUUCAGCCAGCGGCGUGGCGGGCACAUGUCCCGCGGCGAGGCGCACCCGCGGGCGUCGUCGUGGCGAAUGUAA